AUGUAUAAUUUCUUUGCAAUGGUCGAUUUUCACAGACAGAUAGAUGGUGUGGCGAUGGGCUCACCACUUGACGCGUUUCCCGCAAAUGCUUUUAUUGGUAAGAUCGAAAAAACGAGUCUAAGGGAAACCAUCAAAGACCUUGCAUUUUACGGUCGAUAUGUGGAUACCAUCUUCUGUGUGACCGACUAUAACGCUGACAAUGACGCUCUGGUCGCGGAGUUUAACAACGCACAUCCAUCCCUCAAUUUUGCUGCAGAGACUGAGGUAGACGAUGAAAUUGCGUUCCUUGAUGUCCAUUUGCGAAGGCAAGAUGAUAACCCUAUCCUUCGUGGGGCAUUCCAAAAGAAAACCUGGACGGGACAAUACACUAAUUUUUACAGUUUUUUCCACCUAAAUAUAAAACGAAAUCCACUCCAGGGAUUGGCAGCCAGAGUACGACGAAUCUGCACUCCUGAAACUGUCGAGGCAAAACUUCAACAGCUGCAGCGCACACUUAUUGAAAAUGGAUUCCUGGAGAGGUUCACACUCAGGAAUAUUGGCGAGCGCACCAGAAGCCUGAUACCUUAA